AUGUCAACGCUGCGUUCCUUCGGAGGCUCUAGGGUAGGAUGUAUAGAACGCUUGCCUUUUCUAGCUUCUGGGGGCCGCUUACAUUCUGUGGCACAUGACCCCUUCCUGCACCUUACUCCAGCCAGCCCAGUAAGCCACGUCCUUCUCACGUUGAGUCUCCCUGGUUUCCCUCUUCUGCCCUUCUCUUCAACUUACAAGGACCCUUGUGAUUACGAGGCCCACCUGGACAGUCCGGGCUUGUCUCCCCAUCUCGAGAGGUCAACGGACAAGGAGUUUCAAGAAGGAGAAGAAUAUGACCAUAUUUACAUCGAAUCAUUCUUUCCUACUACAGUAUGGCUCUCUGCACUGUCUCUAGCCAUGUCAGGUAUGAUGUUCAUCAGUGCGAAAGACCAUGUGAGGAAGUACUCACUGUUGAUUGACGCCAAGAACUGCAGUGGACAUCGCCAAGUCAUGGCCAUUUCUCCCAUCCAAUUUCAAUUAAGCCUCGUGGUAGGAAACAACCUCUCUCUGGGCCUGGUUCCUACAAUACUGACCCUCAAUCUUUCUGCCGCAGGAAAAGAAGUUUGCUAUGAAAGGGUGGGGUGCUUUAAAGAUGGUUUCCCAUGGACUGGGACUUUGUCAAGACAGUUGGCAGGUCUACCCUGGUCUCCUGAAGAGAUAAACACUCGCUUUCUGCUCUACACGAGACAUAAUCCCAAAGCUUAUCAGGAGAUCAGUGCAGUUAAUUAUCGAACUAUCCAAGCCUCACACUUCGGGACAGACAAGAUGACCCAUAUCAACAUACCCGGAUGGAAAUCAGAUGGAAAAUGGCAGCAAGACAUGUGCAAUGUGCUACUCAAAGUAGAAGAUGUGAACUGCAUUAACGUAGACUGGAUUAACGGUUCACUGGAGUAUAUCCAUGCGGUAAACAACCUCCGCGUUGUCGGUGCCGAGGUGGCAUAUCUUACUGAUGUUCUCAUGAAAAAGUUUGGAUAUUCUCCUUCAAAAGUGCACUUGAUUGGCCACAGCGUGGGAGCACAUCUGGCUGGGGAAGCUGGGUCAAGGGUACCAGGCCUUGGAAGAAUAACUGGGUUGGACCCAGCUGGGCCAUAUUUCCACAACACUCCGAAUGAAGUUAGGCUGGACCCUUCAGAUGCCAACUUUGUUGAUGUUAUUCAUACAAAUGCAGUUCGCUUACUCUUUGAGUUUGGUGCUGGGACUAUUAAUGCUUGUGGUCACCUUGACUUUUACCCAAAUGGAGGGAAGCACAUGCCAGGAUGUGAAGACUUAAUUACACCUUUGUUUAGCUUUGAUUUCAAUGCUUAUAAGGAAGAAGUGGCUUCCUUCUUUGAUUGCAACCAUGCCCGAAGUCAUCGCUUUUAUAUUGAAAGCAUCCUCAAUCCUGAUGCAUUUAUUGCUUAUCCUUGUAGAUCCUACAGAUCUUUUAAAGCGGGAAAUUGCUUCCAUUGUCCCAAAGAAGGCUGCCCAACAAUGGGUCAUUUUGCUGAUAGAUCUCACCUCAAAAGCAUGCAGCCUAAUAGAUCGUAUUAUUUUUUAAACACAGGCACUCUUUCCCCAUUUGCCCGUUGGAGUCACAAAUUAUCUGUCAGACUCGACGGAAACAAUGUCACCCAAGGGAGCAUGUUUCUCCGUGUAGGUGGAACCACUGGGAAAACAGGGGCAUUUGUGAUAGCCAGUGGAACACUUAAGCCAGGCAUGACUUAUACAAAAUUAAUUGACACAGACGUUAAUGUUGGAAAUGUUACCAAUAUCGAGUUCUUUUGGAAGGAACUUUUGUUUGGACACUCUCAGAAUAAGUUGGGGGCAGAAAUGGUGAUAGAUAUAUCUGGAAAAUAUGGAUACGAAUCUACUUUCUGUAGCCAGGACAUUAUGGGACCCAAUAUUGCUCAGAUCCUGAAGCCAUGCCAAUCUCAGAUACAGUCUUGAUGGAUUUACUUAAUGGGAGCAGUGAAAGAAAGAAUCUCCUUCUAGCUGGUAUCCGAACCAAACUUGGCCUUUGUGAAUGACAUAGACAAGUACAGUUGUUGUUGCUUUUUAUAUAGAAUUUUUUUCUCACUGAUAAACUUUGUAAGUGCCUUAAAAACAGACUGAGUCCUAGGACAGGGUAUGGUAUGGUAAUCUGAAGGAAUCUGAGUAUCAGUGACAAAAUAAAGCUGUGUGGGAAUUUCCCUGAAUGAGAAGAGGAGAGGCCCAAGUGUGCUGGAAUAAAUUCACUGGGCAAAAGCGAGACUCUGGUUGAGUAUUUGAAGUACGUUUUGAGUAUUUCCGGGUCAAAUAAUCAUUGUUCUAAAAUGAUUUAAAGAAUAUUUAUUCUGUUGUUAAAUCUUGCUAAGACAAAUUAUGACUAUAGUUCAUGAUAUAUAGUGAUGAUAACCCUGUGGGUUAAUAUGCUUAUGUAUUAAUAAUGAAAACCGAUGAGAGUACAUUAGUAUUUCCAAGUUGUUCCUUGGUCUUCAGGUGUAUGUAAAGUAAACGAGAUUUGGGGGGCCUAUCUGUGAUGUGUACACCAGUUAGCAAUAGGCCCUGAGGAUCAUCAGCCCCUUCUCUAGAAGCUUCCCUGCCAGGGGAGAAUUACUCCUCUCUGGGCCUUGUAAGUUCCAUAGCAAAAUUGCAUUUAACCUAAAGGCAGCAUUUCACUUGUAAAGCACUUGACCAUCCCUUUGUGUUUGCAAUAAAGUACUGUAAUAUUUAAAUGUACCAAUUUUUUAAAAAAAUUCCUUCCAUCUUUUGUAAUUCAGUUGUCCUUAUCCAUGGCAAAUGACAGAUGAACGUUUUUAUUUGCUCUGUUUUCU